AUCAUUAUUUAUUUUAUAUGUAUUUAGGGUCGGCUUAAACAUUUUGAAAAUUGAAAACUACUACUUAUGGUUUAUAUAAUUUGAUUUUAGUUUUCUACGUAGUACUUUAGAAAACUAGAGUAAUUCAAAAGUAUUAACCAACGGGCCAUGAGUUUUUUAUUAAAAAAAUAUAAGCUAAUGUUGUUGUAGGUCAUGUAACUAGUACGAGCGAACUUAAUUUUCACCAAAACAAUGAACUUAAAUUAGCUUAAACAAGUUUAUCAUUAAGUACUAGAAAUAAUGCAAGGGUGACAAGUUCAAUAUUGAAAAGUAGAUCCUAACUACAUAGUUAGAUUCAUCGAAAAUGAUAAAGGUCGUAACAUGCGACCUUUAAGCCGUGUCACAAUGAUGACAUGGCAUGUUUAUGUGUCAUGCUUUAAAUUGGAAUCUAAAAUAUUUAACUUAUAUAUUCUAUUAUAUAUGUUUAAAAUAAAGGUAGAAAAAUCUUAAUACUCCGUAUUCUAAUUUGUUUAUUCCUUUAUAUCGAUUACCUUAUUUACAUUAUUCCUUUAUAUCGAUUACCUUAUAUUCUAUUAUAUAUGUUUAAAAUAAAGGUAGAAAAAUCUUAAUACUCCGUAUUCUAAUUUGUUUAUUCCUUUCACCAAAAUUAUUGUUGUGUCAUUAUGGUGGGUUAGUUUGCUUUAAUUAAGUAUUUGCUAAAAUAAAAUACAUUUUUUAAUUGUAACCCCGAUUUUGGUGGGUUAAGUUAGCUGUGAUUAAGUAUUUGGUAAAAAAAAAAAAAAAAAAUUCUUAAUUUGUACCUAUUGCCAGUUGUUACUUGUUUUUUCAUUAGUGUUGUUGUUGUUGAGCCUACGUAAUCUUUUCUGUGAUUAAGUUAUUUUUUGUAGUUAUUCUUAUUUAUUUUGACUUUUUCCCUUUAUGACGUUAUUCAUUGUGGUUGUUGACUGAUAUUCUUUUUUGCUUCUUAUUAUAUUUAGUCUUUUCUAUAUUGAAACACCAAAAGUGUAUUUAUUAAAAUAACUUUAUGUGCUCCUUAUAGAAUAGAAGAAUGGAUAUUAGAUUAUCUUGUUAGUGUGAUUGAAAAGGAAUUUUGGAUUUUUUUAAAAUAAGUAAGAGUAAUCCAAAAACAGAAACAUGCAAUUGCUGAUUUUUUAGGUCGAGACGGUCUAAAAUUAGACAGAAUUGGAUAAUCGGGUCUGGAUCCCAGAAAAAAUACGUCCAAUCCCGAUCCAAGAAAUGAGAAUACCGGUCAGUCAGUCACAAAUCUAUUCCAAUUCUGGUCAAGUCCGGUCCGAUGUUGGACCAGUGCACAGUUCUAACAGGGGCGGUUUGGCCCAAUAUUUUGGCGCGAAAACAUAAAUUUUCUCACUUCCCCCUAUUUUGUUUACGAAUCACAUAAAAACGAGAAUGGCGGGAGAUUAAAAUCGCAAUGAAUCGGCAACAUUCAGCUCAGCUAGCCAUUUCUAGCAAAUUAAAUUCAUUGCUAGUUUUGAAGUGACGAAAGAGAUGCAAAAGACGAUUGAAUCUUUCUUCAAACAAUCAUCUACUCCUUCGUCUAUGCCACAGACUAGCAAUUUCAAUGAUUUAUUCGACGGAAUUAGGGCACAAAAUCACCCAGAAAUUCGAAUUAAAUACACCCGUCAACCCACCAGGGUUGGAGAAUCGACAAGUGAUGGAUUAAUCGAGGAAGAGAAAAAUGCAAAGAGUGAGAAAUCGAAAGGGAAAAUUUUGAACAAAAAGAGGAAGUAUGCGCAGUUCCAUUUGGAAUUGGGUCAAUCUGAUUUUCUUCUUCAUACAUGUAAAAUUUGUGGGAUGAAGUAUUCUAAAGGAGAUGAAAUUGAUGAAAAGGUUCAUAGUACAUUUCACAAGAAUUAUACUCAUGGAAUACCAUUUAAGGGUUGGCGCCACGAACGAGUUGUUCAUUUGCCGGCACUCAAAAGGGACCGUGUUAUCCAUGUAUUGAAUUGUGAUCCCCCGGCUCAACGGAAGAAGGUUGAAGAGGUUGUGAAGAUGAUGGAGAUUGAACUCGGUGAUGGGUGGAUUUUCCAUGAGCUUUGUCAGGUGUAUUUAUUUAUAUCUUCACAAAGAGUUGCGGCUUGUAUGAUUGUGGAGCCAAUUAACACGGCGCACAAGCUCCUUUCGGACUCGCUGCCAAAAAUCGCUGAUGGUGCUAGUGGAAAGAAAGUAAUACCUAAACCAAAGACAUUGCAGUUUGGAGAGGUAUGCUUUCAAAGAGAAGUUUCCAGGAAAGGCUCUAAUCAUAGAAACUCAGAUGCAAUGGAUUCUAACUUACUUGGAUCCAUUGUCUGUGAAGAGGAAGCUACACCUGCUUCUUGUGGCAUUAGGGCUAUUUGGGUUAGUCCAUCAAACCGAAGAAAAGGCAUUGCAACACACUUGCUGGAUGCUGUGAGGAAAAGCUUCUGUACAAACUAUGUUCUUGAACGCUCUCAACUAGCAUUCUCUAAUCCAACCUCAGCUGGAAAGGCAUUGGCAACAAAUUAUACCGGUACAGGAUCUAUAUUGGUGUACAAAACCUAGUCAUUUAACAAUAUUCUCCAAUAUGUUCUUAAUGUUUAAGUUAGAAUUUCACAAAUCACACUAGUUUUUAUUCCUGAUUAUCCUGCAAAAUCUCUCUAUCUUGAGUUCUGCUAGUUACUUAGCUUUGUAACUGAAGUACCAGACUCAGGAACGAAACUAUGAUCUUCGACAAAGUCAGCCUUUUGCGCAUAAAUAUCAUUUGAUUUCUUCUGCUUA